AUGCAAAUUGCAAAAGAAUUCAACCAGCAGUGUCAGCAGCAGGGCAGGCCCCAGGACAUGGUCCCUGAGGAGUGGCUUUGCGACACAAUAUUUUGUGACGAGAAAGGGAUCGUGUUGAGAAUGAGAGAAAACAGCCCCCCUUACGGCGGCGAGGACGAGCCCGAGUCGGGUGUCACUACACCUGAACUGUUCAAAAUAAGAAAACAGAAAAUGGAAAAGUUUAAACCGCAUCGUUUCGUCGUAACGGCUCCAGUGCGCAAAUAA